AUGCAAAUGUUCGGCAGCAUGUUUGUUUUCGGAGGUCGAAGGGCACCCCCAGCCUCCUUGUCGUUGCACCGGCUACCGCAGUGCGACGAUGCCACUCCGGCCCUGCACUCCCACACUCUCCUCGCACCUUGGUCCCCCAUCUUCCUCCGCCCUCCUCAUUCACAUGGGGAGCCGACACGCGGACAGCCAGGUGACACUGCAUGGCUGCGCAAGGUCAACGACCUCGCACUCCCCUCGCCCUUCGCCCCUCCAUCCUCCAGCCUUCUCAUUCACGUGAGGAGCUGA